AUGGGUGACGCUAUCAUCAAGCUUGAGCAGACUGUCGAGGCUCUGCGAAAGGAGGUUAUUCGUCUCAGUGAUCAGGAAGAGAUCCGAAAGCUCCAGUACAAAUAUGGCUACUACAUUGACAAGUGCCUGUACGAAGAGGUCGUCGAGCUCUUCUCAGAAUCCCCCGAUACCUACGUCCAAUUCCUCGGCGGCCGCUACCGCACCAAAGCCGGCGUCCGCCGCCUCUACGUAAACCGCUUCGCCAAAUUUUUCGUCGGCGGUCGCAACGGCCCCGUGCACGGCUUCCUCCUUGAUCACCCGCAGAUGCAAGGCAUCAUCGACGUCGACUACUCCCAAGCCGACAAUGGCACGGGCGCCGGGGCGAUCGCCAAGGCCCGGUUCCGAUCUCUUAUGCAGGCCGGCGUGCAUGUUAGCCAGGCGGCGAAGCAUCCGCGUGGCGUGUGCCAGUGGUUCGAGGGCGGGGUCUACGAGAAUGAGUUCAUCAAGGACGCGGAUGGGACGUGGAGGAUUUUGAAGCUGAGGUACUUUCCGUUUUGGCAUGGGGAUGUCGAGCAUGGUUGGUCGUACAAAGUUGCGGGUUUCGUGCCGUUCAUGUCGACGACAUUCCCUGAGGAUACUAUGGGGCCGGACGAGCUCGUGGGCGAGGAUCAGUGCAUGAUGUGGCCUGACACGCGAGUGGUGCCAUUCCAUUAUAACCAUCCGGUUACUGGGAAGCCUGUGGUUGAUGUGGACAUGCAGGCACCGCAGUACGGGGAGGAUCCGGGGAGCUAUAAGCCUGCGCUGAAGCUUGAUGUUUAG